UUUCAGCACAAAUCUGUUUGGAAACAACUGUAAAUGUAGAUGAGGCUUGUUGUGCUCAUCUUUUCAAUUUUCAUCGUUUUUUCAAGUGGCCAUACUGUGAAACGGCAGGCAACCAACGAUGUUUUUCAAGAUGUCGUUCGACAAAAGACACGAGGAAAUAAAAUUCAGCAGUGUCCUUGCGUGAUUCAUCCACAAUCGCAACAAUGCAUAUCUUAUGAUUCUCGAUAUAUUGCUGUAAACUAUGAAGAAGCAAUUUUAUCCUUUCUAGAUCUGACAAAACAUAGCAACAAUGCAGCUCCUUUAAUUAACAGUAAUACAUUUUCUUGCCAAUCUCAAGAAUGUAUGCAAUGCUUUUCUCUGCUUUAUCACAGACUUGGUGCUCUUGGCUUCAUCCCUUCCAAUUACAGAUCUUCAAUAUCUCCCCUACCUCAAAACCAAGUUCAACCUAAUCUUUGUCCACGUUAUAAUUUAGCCAGACCAAUUAUUGCUCCGGUCCCGCCUCCAAUUGUUCCUUCCUAUAUUCAAAGUCUUAUCAGUGCUGGCCAACAAUUUCGAAGUACAAUUUCCCCAUCUUCUCCGCGGUCUCGUUCCAAUCAUGGAUCUCCCCCUUCCGCGUCUCCACCAAUUCCACAAAACAAUCGUAACAACAACAAUAACAAUAACAACAACAAUAAUAAUAACCAAAAUGGAAAUUCGCCUAAUCGUCCACGGAACCAAAAUCAGAACAACAGAAACCAACAAAAUAUGCAAGGGCAGGGAAAUUUUAAUCAGAACCAAAACCAAUUACAAAAUCAAAGAACCCAAUUCCGCAACAACCAGGCAAUGAGAAACCGGUUCCAGGCGCAACAGAGAGCAAAUCAGUUUCAAAAUAAUGCCCAGCGACAGUUUCCACAACAGAAUCAGAACAAUUUCCAACAAAGACCAUGGCAACAACAACAACAGUUUCAGCAGCAACCACGUUUUCAACAGCAACAACAAUUUCAAAAUCCCAGAAACUUCCAGAAUAUCAAUGGGAUACAACAUCACUGGAAUGGAAGAUUUUGGGAGCCAGCCGGUCAAGCCAUUUCUGAAGCAAUCAGGAACCCUAUUCAAAAUACUGUCGGAAAUGGAUGGCAAGGUGGAUGGGGAAGUAACGGCAAUGGUCAAGGAAAUGGCGGAGGUGGUGGAUCCCCCCAAACGCCAGUUCAAAUCCAGCCAGCACCCGCUCCAGCAGUUCCUCAAGUUCCACAAGUUCCUGGAUGGGGAGGUGGCACUGGCGGCGGUGGGAAUAUUGGGUUUCCAGGUUGGGGCGGCGGAGGUUCUGGAGAAAACAAUAAUAACCAUAAUUGGUUUGGAGGAUUGUUUGGCGGAUUUAAAAAUCGACAAAAGCGAGCAAAUCCUUCUGUAGUGAUUGGUAAAAGAUUCACGAUAAAUUGCAUGCAACGGGGCGAUUCUGAAGAUGAUAUGCUAGCGUUAUGCGGGUCUUGUUGGACGUGGCGACAACUACCAGAAAAUUAUUUUCCAAGAAUCAUAAACGAACUGAGUUGUAAGCCAGAUGAUUUUUGCUUAUCAGGCUGGGGUGAGUGUGUCCAACAAUAUCGAAACGUUGAUGUGCUCCGUCGUGAUAACGGACGCUGGGUUCCCACAGUUAUCACAACUUCAACGUGCUGCGAUUGUCGAGUUCGUGCGGGUACUGAAAUUCAUUCUUUAGUAAUUGGUGAUAAGCAUUAAUAUGGAAACAUAAAUCAUAGAACACGGUCACUGAGCUCUGUAAUUUGGUAUUUAUGCUUUUUUCUUGUGAUCUUUAUUUUCCUAUUUUCUACAUUUUUUCUCUGAAUUCAAUGUUAAGUAAACCUUCUUUUCAUGUUCUCAAAAUAAUUGUAAUAAAUAUUUGUAUGUCGUGCAA